GGAUGACAUAAGCACAGGAGGGCCGGCCGGAAAAACUCGCGACAGGAACUUCGUCUCGACAAGCUUCUGAGCAUCCCGAUUGCCAGCCAUUGACCCUCGAUUCCCUGUUCCGGCCCCUUCACUUCCCAAUUCCCUCGUCUUCUUCGAUUGCCGCUCCGGAGUCCAGGGUUUUCUCAAAAUGGCCUCCACCCAAGGUGUCAAUGUCCUGCGCUAUUCGGCUCUCGUAGCCGGCCUCGUCUAUGGUUUCUACCACCAGUCCUCGAUCACCUCCAGCGCUAAGCGUGCCGACGCCGAUCGGGAAUACGCUCGCCAGGAGCGCCUGAUCGAACAGGCCAAGGCGGAAUGGAAGAAGAAGACGGCACCCCAGGAGUCCAAGGCACAGAACGGCGGAGUCAUCACGGAUCCCGAGGACAGCCGGUUCGACCUGGAAGCAUACCUGAAACUGAAGGCCGGAGAGAACUAGAGUAUACGAUCGAAGGUGCAACAUGAGAAGAAAGAUGGUACGGCUUUUCUUUAGGUACGAAGAUCGUACCUCCUAGGGUACAAGAAAGAAAGAUGGUUCGGGGUCAUCCCGAUUAUGUAUUAUUGUUUGGUCUAAUUUCCCCGAGUCGUGUCCUUGCGAGCGAAAGGAAUGAUGUUUUUUCUUUUUCUUUUUUGCUUUUUACUUCGUUUAGAGAUUCUCUCCGAGUCUUGUACAUACCCUGGGCUGCCGUGCAUCUGUACACUACAGUUGGACCAGAAGAGCAAGUGAUUCUGUUGUAUGCUGCCGUGUCGUUGCUGAACUCUUUG